AAGACAACGAAUAGAUCGAAGUCGCACCUCCGCAAGGACAAGGUGUUAAACGUAGAAAGAGAUUCUCGUACUCGGACAUUUUUGCGCGUUGUUUCCGUGGCUGUUCUUCUCCGUUCUCGCUGGUAAGAUCUUCAAUUGCCUCUGAUAUUGUCGAGGUUAGGUCUGACCAGAUCCGCGGAAGGAGGAAUCGAAUCUCUCUGAAUUCGGCUAUUGCCGCUUUUGUCUCUGAUUGAAUUGAUUGCCAUAUCUGGAUUAAGGAGUCUUGUUUGUGGCCUUUUUCGUCUGGUUUUCUUUAUUGUAUUUGUAACUGUUUUUCGUAGAUCUAGGGUUUUCCGUUUGAGGAAUUUGAGUUGAUUUGUGCUUUGUGUUUGAUUGGGGAUUUCGUUCCUAUCGUUCUUUUUUUAGUCUGAAUUUAUUAAUUGAGAAGGGUUGUGGUUGUUGUUAUUGAUUGAUAUGGCGGCAGCCCGGGUUGAUGUCUUUAGGAGAAGUGAUGUUGGGAGAUUGAAUCCGGGUCAGUGUCAUGCUCUUCCAGAUGAGAAUGGAUAUAAUUUUCCAUCUAGCAGGCACCGCUUGGCUUCCCAGAAGAACAAUCGGUGUGAAUUGGAUCGGAGACGAUGUGAGUUAGAUGUGUCUUUGAAGGAAGGUAGAACAUGGGCUUUGAAUGAUGGGGAUAAACAGCCCCCUCAGAAGAAGAGGAAGUCUUCUCAUAUUGAAGGUGACAUAAAAGAGAAGCAACAAUUUCAGGAUGUUCAGCUGGAACAAGUUUUAGCAGGGGAAGUUGUUCAAGCGCCUAACUUACUCACAUCACGUUGGGCAUCUGAUAGCGAUGAUGAAGAUGUGGUCCAAAGCGAGAAAAAGUGUAGGAGUUCAAGUCUCGAAAGUGGCGAAUUUAAAAUUGAGGACUUGGAAGGGGACUGCGUGGUCUCAAACCGUUCUAAUGAACGAAGCAUCAGUGGCUUGUCUACUUGUGAAGAUAUGGAAUUUAAGGCUGACUAUGAUUCUGUUAUGGAGUUUGAUAGCAUGGAUAAGGAGGAUGUUGCUGAUGAGUCAAAGUCAGAUGCUGAAGAGUCAACAGGAAGAUGUUGCAGAAGUGUUUUUGAUUAUGAAAGGCUGAACAAAAUUAGCGAAGGUAUUUAUGGUAUUGUUUACAGAGCUAGGGAUAAGAAGACCGGAGAAAUUGUGGCCCUUAAGAAGGUAAAGAUUCUAAAUCAAAGAGAUGCCGAGGAAUAUGGUUUCCCUUUGACAUCGUUAAGGGAAAUUAACAUUCUUGCAUCUUUCAACCACCCUUCAAUUGUAAAAGUUAAAGAAGUUGUCGUAGAUGACCAUGGUAAUGUUUACAUUGUUAUGGAGUACAUGGAACAUGACUUUAAGGGGCUCAUGGAGUCCAUGAAACAGCCUUUUAGCACAAGUGAUGUGAAAUGCUUGAUGUUACAGUUAUUGGAGGGUGUCAAAUAUCUUCACAAUAAUUGGGUGCUCCAUAGGGAUUUAAAAACAUCAAAUCUUCUCUUGAACAACCAAGGUGACCUGAAAAUAUGUGACUUUGGUAUGGCACGGCAGUAUGGAAGCCCUCUAAAGCCAUACACCACCAACGUGGUUACUCAGUGGUAUAGAGCACCCGAACUUCUACUUGGGGCAAAGACGUAUUCAACAGCAAUUGACAUGUGGUCUGUGGGGUGUAUAAUGGCUGAGCUUUUAGCUAAGGAACCCUUGUUCAGAGGGAGAAGCGAAAUCGAUCAGAUAAAAAAGAUAUUUGAUAUGCUUGGUACUCCCAAUGAGAAGAUUUGGCCUGGGUUUUCUGAAUUACCAGGAGCCAAGGCCAAUUAUUCCAGGCAAAAGCAUAAUUUGUUACGUAAAAAGUUCCCUGUAGCAUCUUUUACAGGGUCUGCGGUUCUUUCUGAUACUGGAUUGGACCUGCUAAACCGGCUUCUUUCCUACAAUCCCGAGAAGAGGAUAACAGCGGAUGAUGCUCUCAACCAUGCUUGGUUCCAUGAGUGUCCUCUCCCAAAGUCAAAAGAGUUCUUACCUACAUUUCCACCCAAAGUGUAAUUUGAACAGGUAUUUGGCUUCAUUCGGGAAGAUGAUGACACUUGAGAAAAUGCAUUUGGGAUCCAAUUUUAGGUUGCAGUUAUGGCUGUUUAUGUUUUCUGGAAUGACUCUGAGGUGCAUACUAGGAACUAUGAAGGAUCUGGAUCAAAUAUUCAUGGUAGAGUGUUGUUACUUUUCAUCCAUUGACUGUGUUACGGGACUGGUGCAUAAGACCCAUUUGUAUUGGCAGAUGAUUCACACUAUAGGUGCCACAGUUGAUGUUUUGCAGGCAAUCUAUUGUGAAGAACUGAUUUCAUCAUCCUUUGCCAGGCACAUAGAUGAUUUUAUCAUUCUGUGAGGAUUUGUGAUUGUCCUUAGCUGCAAUUCUAUACAAAGGUCCAACUAUUUCAUAUUACCUUUCUCUUGAAACUCUCCUUUCUCGAUGUCCAUAUUGUAACUGAUGCAACUUCUGUAAAAAAUAUAUUUUGAACUACAUUUGGAAAUUAUUGCUCACAUAAUUGUUUUCUUCAAUGUUCACAUUCCGUGCAAGAGUCCACUGAUGUCAGGAAGCAGAGAGCCUUGGUCUUUUUCUACUCAAGGGAGUAAGUUUACUACUAAGUUUCCAGCAAUUAUUCGAUCAUCAGGGAAAUCUGGAGGCUGUGAAAACAAUUUGUUCCCCAGGUUGGUGUCUACCUCAGUACUUCUUUGUUCAUAAUUGUUUAUUACUCUGUCUCCAAAAGCGUGCACCUUGCCAUGUGAAAAUGGCAUAAAGAUUAAAAGUGAUAAGAGAAUUAUAUAAAUGUUCUUGUCUACCUUUUUUGAUCUAUUAAGGUCAUACUCUCUGCGAGGUUUAUUUCCUUUCGUGUUCUCCCAAAAUAAGUUUCACUAUCUUAA